CUAUGAGACCAGAGCUGAAUGUCGUAUGCUUCGUCAGCUUGGCGCAGACGUGGUUGGUAUGUCAACUGUGCCGGAAAUAGUCGUCGCUAGACACUGUGGCAUCAAAGUUCUAGCUCUCAGCCUGGUGACAAACAGUGCGGUUCUUUCUCCCGUCCCCCGCGGAGAUGAUCAUCUCCUCCAAGGCAAAGGCUCCAGUGAAUUAGACGCUAUCCUGCAAGAAGGCAAGGCAAACCACGAGGAAGUUCUUGAAGCUGGUCGCUCUGCAGCAAUUGAUAUGCAGAGGCUUGUUGGACAGGCCCUUGCAGAUAUUUUUAGACAUGAUUAGAGUAUGUCGUUUUCACUUGCGGGCGGCUGC